UUCCCGCGCAGGUGCAGGGUUGCCAACAGAUGUCACGCCGAGCAGUGUUUACACGACAGCAGAAGAGGCAGGAUGGCUGAAGGUGGCAGAAAUGAUGGAAGUUGGUGGGGUUGGAUCCAGAGUGCAGGAGAGAAAGUGGUCUCACAGUCAACAGAAGUGCUGGAGUUUGUGAAGAAAGAUUUUGAUGAGUUUACCAAAGUUGUGUCAGAAGAGGCCUCGUCUGUGGUUUCAUCAACAGCAAAUACUUUGAAGGAGAAGCUUAAGCUGGAUGACGAUGAGAGCACAGCCAGUAAUGUGAAGAAAAGCGUAAGUGGCUUCCUUAAUCAUGUCGCUGAAGUGUUUACUCCUCCGCCUGAUGAUGGUGAUCAGGAAGCCAUUGUCAUUCGUAACCAGCAGCCUGUCAUCCUCAACAGACUUCAGGCAGCAAUAUAUGCAAUAUCACAAGAUCCAGAGACUUUCACAACGGACCCUGAAGGAGAAGAGACACAAUAUGAGACCUGGGUGGAGACCUUCGACCUGGAGGCACGGCAGACUGAGUUGUCAGAUCUUCUGGUCAAUAACCAACCUUUGAGACACCAUUACACAACUCUAGUUCCAGCUCAGGUAUCCCAUGUUGUGUUUUGGCAUCGAUACUUCUACAAAGUUAGCAGAUUAGAGGCUGCAGAAGCUAGACGACAGGAGCUGAAACAGAGGGCAGAGAAGACCAACACAGAGUCGGAGCUUGUCUGGGAUGAAGCAGAUGAGGACUUUGGAGGAGAUGUAGAAAUACCAGAGGAGGUCCAGACAAAGCUUCUGGAGGACUACGAGCGGGAGUGUGAAGAAAAUGGCAUGAAAAGAUUGAGUAAGACCGCAUCGCACUUGGAUACCGCGCACAAAAUCGCUUCAGCAGAUGAGAAUGUGGAUGUACCUAAUUGUGAUAGUGAUUUAUCUGUCAAAGCCACUGCAUGUACAAAGUCAGUUACGGAAGAGCUAAAAGUGGAUUUAUCAAAAAUGACAGAGGCCACCAGUAAACCUUCUCCGGCGUCGACAGAAAGCAAUGAAGAUGAAUGGGAGAAAGUUGACGCAUCAGAAGCUGCCAGCACCCAAGUGACAGCCACAGAAAAGCCAGAGAAAGUAGCGGGCACUGAAGAGGGUAAGAGUGAAGAAUGGGAGAGCUGGGACUGAGCACACUAGGAGAGUAGAAUGUCCUUGGAACACUGGUUGAUAACUCUCUCCUCCCAAUCACGUUUGGCAGUGGCGACGCAACGUUGCUGGAGGGAUUUGUACAUUGAUAUCUGAACUGUAGAAAUCAGGAUUUGCAGACAAGUAAUAUAUACCUAAUGGGAUUAGCUUCCCCUCCCUUCCUCGCUCCCUCAUAUGGUCUUAGUUCUUAAUUCCUUUUACUUAUUUUCUGUCCUAAUAUACAAAGUGAAACACUAGCAGAUAGAGGAAGAACUUUUUGAUAGAAGUCCUAUAUCACAGACAUUGCCUUCCAGAUCUUUCCUUCUUGUAUCAUCAUAUCGUAUGGUUUUAUCAUCACUCUUUUUAUCACUUGUAAUUCGUAUCUCCAUCCAGACAUUUUGGCUGAGUAAUUUAGCUUCACAACUACAGUAGCUCCCCAUGAACUUGCAUCACAAUCAAGGAGAGAUGCUGGCACCAUUCCCUGCUUGGGGUCUCUUCCCUUUCCCUCACUCCGUUAGUCGAGUAACGUUUCAGUGGGUUAUCUAGAGAGGUCUUUUGCAUGAAGGAAAACUUUAUAUAUUAGUCCGAACUACUGGUGUGUGGUGCUUAUGAAUCCGAUUGUAUCAUUGCCACGGAUGUUUCUUGCGCGUGAUUUUUAUCUUUUUUUUUUUUUCUUUUUUCUUUUCUAUUUUCUUUUUUUUAUGCUAUAAAGUUAACCUCCUUGAGAUAAUGUGUGCAAUUGAUGAGGUGAUGGCAUUCACAUUUAUAUAUUUUGAGUUUUAUUAAAGAGAUCGUGAGUCACUUACAAAGCAUGUGAUUGUAAUAUGAACAAAGUCUAAUGUGUGUGAGUGUAUAUAUACCAUUUAUAUAGAUAUAUAUUCUUGUGGAGUUGUUAUGGAAUGCAUAAUAUAAUUUUUUUAUUUUCUCUAUUUGGCUGCUCACCAAAGGGGGUUUGCUGUGAAGACAAUAGUAGAAGUAAUACUAAUCACUGAAGAUAUUGUUAUAAACAAUCAUGUUUUGAAGGCAUCGUGUAAAAGCCAAAGCUUUUGAGUGGGAUUCUUAUUUUACCUUGGGAAUGGAAAAGGCUAGUGGAGUUUGCCUCCAGGAAACCCUCUUAGUUGGGAAGGAACAUGAAUGAGGUCUUAUUAUAAUGCAUGAAGUAAUCGUGUACCAGAUUUUCAUAUUUAGAUUUUUAUGUCUAUAUUAUAAGCAGUCUAAAGACAGGGAUUGUCUUGCAGUGUAAGAACUUGGAAAGCAAGAUCAUUUUGUGGGAUGUUAAAAGUUGGCCUGAAAAAGAGGAGACAGUGUUUUUUAUAUAUAUGUCUGUGAUCCUUUCAGGUUUGAAAUAAAAGAUGAGAAUAA